UUCCAGAGGGAAGUGCACUUAGUGAGUCCUUCUCUGACUGCAACUCUCUCUGCCUCGCCAUCCUUUUCCACCUCCACAAUGGUCCUGCAGGUCCCUGAAGGCCCCUGGACAGCGGCCCUGACAGUGUUACUGAUGGUGCUGAGCAAUCCCAUGGUCCAGGGCAGGACCGCUCCAGAGAACUACGUGUUGCAGUCCCGGGAUGACUGCUACGCGCUUAACGGGACGCAGCGCUACGUGGAGACAUAUAUCUAUAACCGGGAGGAGAUCGUGCGCUUCGACAGCGACGUGGGGGUGUACGUGGCCGUGACGGAGCUGGGGCGGCCGGACGCCGAGCACUGGAACAGCCAGAGGGACAUCCUGGAGCGGAAGCGGGCCGAGGUGGACACGGUGUGCAGACACAACAACGAGCUGGUCGAGGGUUUCACGCUGAAGCGCCGAGCUCAGCCGAAAGUGCACGUGUCCCCCUCCAAGAAGGGGCCCCUGCAGCACCACAACCUGCUUGUCUGCCAUGUGACAGAUUUCUACCCGGGCAGCAUUGAAAUCCAGUGGUUCCGGAAUGGACAGGAGGAAACAGCUGGGCUUGUGUCCACCAGCCUGAUCCGUAAUGGAGACUGGACCUUCCAGAUCCUGGUGAUGCUGGAAAUGACCCCCCAGCAGGGAGAUGUCUAUACCUGCCAGGUGCAGCACCCCAGCCUGGACAGUCCUGUCACCGUGGAGUGGAAGGCACAGUCUGAUUCUGCCCAAAACAAGAUGCUGACUGGAGUCGGGGGGUUUGUGCUGGGGCUCAUCACCCUUGGAGUGGGCAUCUUCAUGCAUAAGAGGAGCAAAAAAGUUCAACGAGGACCUCUAUAAACAGGUUCCUGAUCUGACCUGAAAGACUAUAUGUGCCUGGAACAAGUAUUUUUAUGUUUCUUUAGUCCCAGAAGGCUUGAGUCAGACCCUCAGCUUCCCUAGAGGAUGUUACUGCCGAGUAACUGCUCUGAAACCAGUUUCUGCACUUCUGCUUUUUGAUUCAAUGCACAGCUUCUACAGAGCCGCUAACCAAGUUCCCUUCUCCUUAGCUCCAUAAAGAAUCAAAACCCAGCAUGAUUGUCUCUUUUCUUUUGAGAACAUGCACCAAGGCAUCUCUGGCAUUGCUUUCUGCUUGAGGGUUUUGAUAAACAGAGGAGUUACUGUAGAAGCUCAUUGUUUGUACUUAAAUAAGAAGAAAAUCACAAAAAUAGGAAUAUUCUAAUUAUCAGAUAAGAGGGCCAGUUGGAAGUGGAAAGCCUCCAAAUUUGCUAAUUUCAUCAGGCUGCCCCAUGUUCAUCUUUGGCAUCUUCAUCCAUGUAGGCCUGGAACCAUCGUUCUUAGUUAUUCAUGGAUGAGCAGACCCCCAUAUGAUUCUGGGAUUAUGUGAUCCAUAUUCAGAUGCAUUGAUUCAACAUAUAAUUAAUUGAGAGUGUGAUAUACUGCUUUUCAAGUAAUCAAAUCAGAAUUAAAACCUAAAAAUGUCAUGUAAUAAAUUUUAGACACUUUCUUUGCUUACCAUGAUAAAUAGUUCUUGACCAAUAAUGACUUAGUUUUUUUAAUGUAUCAAGUUAUAGAGGAUGCAGACUUAGCCUCUAUUCAUCAGAUCACCCCAGACCUCCUGUCUUAGUAAUUCACACAGUGGGAAACGCAUCCCCAGUAUUUAAAGAGACUCAGAGCAAUAAAUGUAGCACUUUUUUUCAAAUAUCAGCUUGCUUUCACAAUCCAAAAUGAUUAUGGGCUUUUUGUUUGAUAUUAAAUUAUCUUUAUGGUCAAGAUAGAGGUCUCAUUUAGUCUAAGCAUUCCUCUUGAAUAGAGUACAGAGAAUUACCUCCUAACUCACAUACUGAGCACUCCAUAGUUUCUGGCACACCAAGUUGGUGGCUUCUCUCUCCUGGAUUCUUGUAAGCAGCCCCUGAGCCUUGAUUGCCCUGAGCACCAGCCCCUGGUCAGUUUCCAUGAGCUGCUGUGUGCCUCUCUCGCAGCUCCCCUCCAAAAGCACUACCUGCAUCUGUGGACCAGCUUCUCCCAUUUCAAAGAGAGGUUGAUGGGUGAACGUGCAGAAUUGGAUGUCACUGGCACAGAGGUGUUGCUGGGGUCUGCAGAAAGGGUGGACUUACUAAGUGAGGGAGUCUGGAAGAGAAGCCACAGAAAUGGAGACUCAACCAUGUCCACAUAAUCUGCUAAGUGCAUAACACACAAUGCCUCAUUCAAUCCUCAUAACCCAGGGAAGAGGACAGAGUUUUAUUUUCUUCUUAAAAAUGUGAAAACUGAGCCUUUGUGAGGUUACAUGGCUAUCACAUGGCAGAAACACAAAUAAAAUUUAAAUCUGACUGAUUCCAAAGCCCAUGCUCUUUCCUUGACAACCUGAGAGAAUUGAUAGGGAGACAGGAAUCUUGUCCAGUUUAAAUACUGUUAGCCCUGAUCAGCAUGGUUUUCUCUAAAAGCAUAAAUGAAAAUGCUCCCACCUUGUUUUGUGUAGUAAUUUCAGCUGUCCCGUAGUGAGGCAAGUAGGACAGGAUAGAGUAAAUAAAUGAGGAUUUUUUUUUCUCUUCCAAAACCCAUAUGGGGCCAUGUUUUAUUAUUCGGAUGGUUCUUAGCACAUCUUAUCCCAUAUUGCAAUUGCUUAUAUACAUGUCUUAUAACUUCCAAGUCAUUCAACUUUAUAAUGCCCAACACUUUGCCCAUUGCUCUCCUUGUAGGGGGCAUUCAAGUUGAUAAGAGAGAAAUCAGUUCUGGUUAAUAUUCUUCCAACAGUAUCUGAACUACUCCCAAAACAAACUUGUGACUAGAAGAGGCACAGAUCAUUGACCACAUUCUUGCCAAAAUGACUGAUUGAAAUUCCUUUAUAACUGAUUUGGUCUCAGUUUUCAGCAGAUGCUGAGACUUUUGCUAGUUAAACCAGUUUUCUUUGGAUUAAUUUUGUUUUCUGUAUGUGUUUGUGCCAAAAAAUAAAGACAGAUUCUCUAACGACA